GCGUGAUGCCAGCCACAGCAGAUACUUUGCCCCAGCAGUGUUUGUCGAGUCAAAGGUUUCCCUGAACAGCGGUUCCCUUCACUUUGUCCCAAGCUGACGUCUGUGACUGUAGUUUACUCUGGACACGAUGGCUGCUGUUCAGAAACUCUUUCCUUAUACUCCUAAAGCACCUAUAAGGCAGGGGAUUUACAGCCAGGCGGUGGUGGUGGAUCGGACCAUGUACAUCUCCGGCCAGCUGGGGCUAGACGUGGCCUCAGGGAAGCUGGUGGAGGGAGGGGUACAGGCUCAGGCCAGACAGGCUCUGGUCAAUAUGGGAGAGAUCCUGAAAGCAGCUGGAUGUGGUUAUGACAAUGUCGUCAAGACAACCGUGCUGUUGGCAGACAUGAAUGACUUUGUCAACGUCAACGAUGUUUAUAAGACAUUUUUCAGCAAAAACUUCCCUGCCAGAGCUGCCUACCAGGUUGUUGCCCUCCCCAGAGGUGGUCUGGUGGAGAUCGAGGCUGUGGCUGUUCUGGGACCCAUCUCUGAGUCCUUACUAACCGGCAAGAGCAUCAACAAGCUGUAAACUAACUAACCUGGAAGUGAACGUUUAACAACCUUGAAAUAGUUUAAACAUUAAUUAAAUUAACCCAAACCACUCUUAGACUUAGACUUACACUGCUCAGACAUUCUAAGGCCUCGAAGAGGAUAUAUCAUGUCAUAACAUGUUCCUGUUUGUACACUGAACAAAAAUAUAAACACAACAUGUAAAGUGUUGGUCCCAUGUUUCAUGAGCUGAAAUAAAAGUUCCAUGUAAACAAAAA